AUGGAGACUCGACAAUCGGCAAGAAAGCGGAAGAAUAGCUCUAUGUCGAAUUCGAGGAGCGAAUCUCCAGUUGCAUCUCGAACAAGACGCUGUGGAACAACAACAUCAAUGUCAGAGGAGUCUGUCCCAGCAACUAAGCCCAUAUCAAACACGCCGAGAAAAUCUAGGAAGCGGGUACGCUUCUCUGAUCCGGGGCCUCGACUGCUGGACAAUUCGGCAUGCUCUACUGGCUUGACACCUGCAAUGAAACGUACUUCAUUCGCAGAACCAGCUGCUAGAGCCUUACGAUUGAGAGACCCCACACCUAGUCGACGGGCGUACCGGCGCCAAUCAGCCCCGGCUCCGCGGUUUGAACGGCUUUUUGAUCCAGUUGACCCAUUCGAUGAGACUAGCACCGAACGAGUGAUGCAAUUCACUCCUCUGCGUCAGAUCUUGGACACUCGCACGCAGCGGAGAAUCAGGCGCAUCGGUCUCAGCGAUGAAAUCAAUAACAUUGAACAAGAGAAAAGAGCUUCAUCUCGUAUCGAGAAGACCCUUGACUGUCUCCGUCGAGAGCGAGAUGCACUGCAGCAUGAACUGAAUGCCCUGAAAUACCGACAUGAAUUGUCAGAGGACCAGUUGCCUUCUUAUGAAACGUUUUGGAUGUCACCGCAGACUCGCAAUCGCAAUAUUGAGCAGGAGACUACUCAUGCACGUGAUGAAAAUACAGUCGCAUUCAAUCAUGGCAUAGAAGACCUAGAGCCAUCCAUGACCCAUAACGACGGUGAAACAUUUAUGCUCAACGAUAGCACCCUCAUUGUCUCCAAUUCACCGGAUUUUCGUGCCACCCGCGACCGUCUCUCGUUGCUGCCAGAAAGUCUGAACGUUCUUGACGAUGUAUCAAUCAAAACACCAGUCAGAAACUCUGCGGAGGAUUCUGAACUUUAUACGCUCAGUCUCGAUUUAGAGGCUGCUAGAAACGAGAAAAAGGAGUUAUUCAGUGUAUGCCGCAAACACAUGUCAGCUUUCGAAGACUCUACGAUGAGCGAUGUACUUCGACAAUCGUCCCCACCGCCGGAUUUCUUCGACAACGUGAUCAAUAUCUUUACAACAGCCCUUUCUCGUGCCUCCGAUGCAACCCAAGCACUUGAGGGUAUCAGCCAGGAAUGUUCCAGUCUAGGAUUUUCUGGCACCAACGCCGAUGACAUGGUUGCCGAUAUCAAAUCCCAAUUCCGUGCAGCCAGACUUGAGCUUGAGCGCGCUGUUCCUGGCGAAAAUGCCGCGGCACUGGGAGAUGGAAAGGCAACUCUAGGUGCCUUGGUGAAAAGGGUAAAAUCUCUAGCGAAAGAUCUUACGGACGAACAAAAGCACCACCACGGCUCUCUCGACCGCGAGAAGGCUCUUCGCCGACAUUUCGACAACUUGCUACACCGUUACGAGGAUGCUGCCAAUAAGAUUGGUAGCCUCGAAGAUUCCAUUGCAUCCUCAGCAAGCGACAUGCUCCACACCAGAAUGCGACUCCAGGAGCUUGAGAGCGAAGAUCAGGAAAAGAACAUUGGGAUUGACAGAUUAAGCACCGCCUUGGACAAGUAUCAUGAGGAUAUGAAGGGCCUCGAGGAUCUAGUGAGCAAACUUGAAGAGGAAAAUCUCGCAGUCAAGGAAAAGUACAAGCGCCAGAUAUCCAAAUUGGAGUUGAAAGUCGCUAGUGAGAAACAGGAACGGUCUGCCAUCGAGGAUUCUGCUGCCGAGUAUGAAAUCCGCAUCCAGAAACUGGAGGAAACAGUGGAACAGAACCGAAUCCGGGCUUGUGAUCUUACUGCGGCAGCAGAGGCCCUCGAAAAGGAGCACGAAGUGGCUGUUCAACAUAUUGAACAGAAAUUGAGUGAGCGGCAGCAACAGCAUGAAGAAGAGAUUGGUAUACUCAAUGUUCGGAUCUCGGAACUCACCACGUCUCUAGAUGGGGCUAGAUCAGAAGUACAGCGUUUGCGCCGAGUCAAUACUGGCCUUGAGGAGCAACUCCGAAUGGAGAUUGAGGCUCGUGAUGAAUUACUUGACAAAUGGGCUUCAGAGCAAGCUCGAUCAUUUGCUUUCAUGAAGGAAAGCGUGAGCUCGGAGCGGCGGCGAGCGAAGGUUCGCACCGCAAACUGGGAGCUCAAAUCCGAUGAUCUCAUGUCAGACGGAACCACAAUCAUGGGGAGCGAGCCCAUUACCCCCGUCAGUAUGACCCGGUUUAUUGAUGUCGAGAUCGGCAGAGGCAAGAACCGUCGUCGCAUGGACAGUGGGAUUGGUAUCCUCACGGAGGACGAGCUUGACGAGGAUGUGAAUCUCUCGGAUAUUCAACACGGCCUUGACUCUGAUGUUGAUCUUCCUACAAUAUUUUGA